CGUCACCACCGAAGAAGAAGCGGGUGCAUACGACACUUCCAUUGAAUGCUGGGACGGUGGUGCGCUCUGAGGCGGAAUUCGCCCUUUGCGAUGACAAACAGCCGAAAGUCGUCAGAUCUCCGUUUUAGGUCGAGAUGACAGGUCCUUGCAAAUGGGUGUGAGCCGGCUUGAUGUCCUUUACAGAAAGCUCCUCCUCACCAAACUCUUCAUCCAAGGAUGGGGAAGGCCCGAGGACCUGAAACGAAUAUUUGAAUUCCGGAAGACCAUUGGAGACAGAGAAAAGUGUAAGCAUUUGGUACCGCGGGACUAUCCAGUUUUUAUCGAUAAGGUGGAAGAUCACUCGGACUGUAAAAUUCACAAUGGCCAUUUCAUAUCUCCCCUGGAACACUUUGUUCCAGGCAUUUUGCCAACAGAGUCCGUCAAAGCCAGGUUUCAGUUUAUAAUACCCAAAAAAUGGAGAAAGCACAGACCAGUCUGCAUCCAUUUGGCUGGAACUGGAGACCAUUUUUUCUGGAGGAGGCGAACUCUCAUGGCCAGACCCAUGAUCAAAGAGACAGGAAUGGCUUCCCUGCUGCUUGAAAACCCAUAUUAUGGAUACCGGAAACCUAAAGAUCAAGUACGUUCCAGUUUGAAGAACGUUUCAGACCUGUUUGUGAUGGGCGGAGCUCUGAUCCUGGAGUCGGCUGCUCUUCUUCACUGGCUGGAACGUGAGGGCUACUGGCCUCUCGGCAUGACCGGCAUCUCAAUGGGAGGCCAUAUGGCAUCAUUAGCUGUGACAAACUGGCCCAAGCCUAUUCCUCUGAUUCCUUGUCUGUCUUGGACUACAGCUUCAAGUGUUUUUACCACGGGAGUUUUAAGUAAAGCUGUAAACUGGAGAGAACUAGAGAAGCAAUACGCCACACACACCGUCUACGAGGAGGAGAUUAUCCACCUGCUGGAGUAUUGCGGGACAGAUUCAUUCCGGAUGGGACAGGACUUUGUGCGAGACUCCCCAGGCAGCUUUGAUAAACUUUCGGACCUGGCGUUGUCGUCAAGUCUGCUGGGUAUGAGCAGUGAGCAGGACGAACGGGUGGGACUACGCAGGGAGGCCGCAGGAGGCGGAGUUGGAGCCAGUGGGAGAGAUUCCAGCCUGCUGCUGGAACAGAGGGAGGGGGACGAUCUGGACCGCAUGCUGUCAGCCGUGAGCAGCAGCCGGCCGCACAUGGACAUGCUCCAUGCUAAGAACAUCAGCCGUGGAACAGGUCAGCGACAGUCCCUGCAGAGGGAGUCUCUCUGCUUCAUGAAGGGGGUCAUGGACGAAUGCACACACAUCGCCAACUUCUCUGUACCAGUAGAUCCCAGGCUGAUCAUCAUCGUGCAGGCCAAAGAGGACGCGUAUGUCCCUCGAACCGGUGUGCGCAGCCUGCAGGAGAUCUGGCCCGGCUGUGAGGUCCGCUACCUUGAUGGAGGACACAUCAGCGCCUACCUAUUCAAACAGGCCAUCUUCAGGCAAGCCAUUUACGAUGCCUUUGACCGGUUUCUUCAAAAAUAUCCCAUGUUGUAGCUACAGAUCAUCUGGAACUGACCUUCAGUGGGACAGGUGCCAUUGUGGGCGUGACACUGGAAUGAAGAGCACGGGUUGUAACAACACACUAGAAUUACAGAAGGACCACAUAACUGAAAGCUAGCUAUGUGAUGCUACUUAAGACUGACAGUGGGUGUACUAUUUACCAAAAAAUAGAAUAUAUUGUUUAUAGAAAUUUAUAAAUUGUGUCCUUACAAACACGCAUUAUUUAAAACGCCAACCAACAUAUCGACCUCUUACAUCUUACACACCCUCGCUGCCUUUUACUACGUCCAUCAUGGCAAAUAUAUUUCAUUCACAAUAAGGGACAGUAAUGUUUCUGAAUGUGUUUUUGUGUUUUCAGCCUUCUUUCUCGUUCAUGUCCUUUCACUGUAACUGUAUCACUGUGUCAAACAUCACUGCCAAACCUGAGAUAACAUAGAGGAUACCGUUUCAUAGUAUUUGAAAUUGAAAUGUAUUAAUUGCAAUGGUACUUUUUUCCACUCUAAACCUUGUCCUCCUUAAAACACCCUCUUUCUUGGCCUACUUUAUAAGUCCUUCAUGACUAAAAUAAAAAGGACAUUUUUGAGACUGUU